GGCGGCGGGCGGACCAAUGUGUUGUCCGGACCUCAUUGUCGGACCGGUUUCAUACGACCCUUUAUUAUAGUUAUAAAUUCUGUGGAUAAGCCAUCGAUUUUAAUCUGAUGUAUCAGUUAAUAGAACAGAAAAUAUUCGUUUUCCAAUGCACCCUUCAGAUUCACGUCGAGGUCUCCUAAGCUUUAAAAAAACAUGUUUGGUUGUGUUUUUGGACCUAACCGCACAUGCAAAUCAAAGUCACCUGGAUGGAGCGGAUGUGUUGCCUUUGACUGACAGCUGUUUGCAGGAUUUCAUUUUAGGAACAUGGAGACAGUUUCCAUGGUCCAGACUCAUCUAGCAGUAUGAUUGGUUCAUCCAGUCUCUCAGGGGACACAAUGGUAGCAUGCCACUUCCCUGUUGUUCAACUUCCUACAUGGCAAUUUCCUGUCCAGGCUUUGUGCAGCUCAGCCAAGAGGACUGGCCGUCUGUGCUCAGUAGGCCUGACCCGAGCCGUGUCCCUUCCAGAGCAGGACUCGCUCAGCCAAGAGCAUGCCUUCACUGGUGGUCGAAGACAUUUUUCCAGUAGCUACAGUAGUCUCCAUGAGGACAGAGCAGAGGAGGAGGGGGCCAGUGACAGUAGUGGGAGAUACGACUCCACUUCAUCUCCCGAAGAGACAAGUUCCCAUCUGACAAAGGAACGUUUGGGAAUGAGAGGCAGUCAGCGUUCACACAACUCAUUCAUUCCCAAUACAGAGCUAGAUGAGGAAGAGGAAGAUGAAGACAGUGAUACAGAUAAUCUGCACAGGUAUCAUGAGGAUUCAUCUUUCGUACUGCAUGGAAAUUCCAAUUGGCCACUAAGUAAUGGCACCAAAAAUUACACAGUGUCCCAUGGGAACAUGGAGCGUGAAUGGGGCAAUCAUGGGACCAUGUUGGAUGCUCAGAGUGACCGAGAGUGGCUUUCUAACCAUCCUAACCAGCUGGACUCACUGCUCACUGACUGCCAGUACUUUCAUGUGAGCAGAUCUGGCUUCAGAAUAAUGGCUUGUGCAGACCGAGACCGAGUGAAGGAUAACAUGUCCUGCUGCAUGUACAGCCAACACAAAUGUUCCCCAGAGCCGCUGUCCAACAGUCACACAGAGUAUGUCAGCGACUCUUCCUGCAACAGUUCUGAUGGUGUAUUGGUUAACUUCUGCACUAUCUAUAACAGAAGCAACAACCCUGCCACGCCCCAGGACCUUAGCAGUCCAGCACUUCACCUCUCUCAAUCAGCUGAGGGACCUGUAUUCCUCAACCUCCAGCCUGUUCCACAGACUCCUACUGAGGACCUCCAACAUGACAGCAAGACAGUUUACACUCCUCCUAAGGGGGAGAUUGAAAUGACUCCCUCUGGGUCCUGCUGGUCUUCUCCGGGUCUUAAAUCUAACUGCAGUCUUUACUCUCUGGAGCCACUGCCCCCGGCUCUCUCCUCUCUGGAAGUAACGGACCUGACUGCUUGUCUUCAAAGCCCGGCCACACUCACCAUGGGGACCAAUCAGAAGUACUACAAGCUUGUGACUUGUGACCUCCCGUCCCAGUCACCCAGCCCUGCCUGGUCCAGUGUAACCAGUUGCCCCGAGGGUCAGAGCAGAAGCAGCCCCCUUGGUCCCUCGGAGCACCUCUUUGUCCAUCAUAAGAAAGGACAACACAAAGAGGUCAAAAAGGAGAAAGAGGAUCACCAAAAGGAAAAGAGGUUCUCCACAGCACAGUGUAGCACCGGGUUUGACAGCUCCCAGCGUCAGACCUAUGAUUACCAGGUUGCCAGCUCCUCCACUGACAAAGCACUCUCCAGGAAGCAACAUUCAGACAGCAUCCAGAACCUCUCUCACACACCAUGUUGCCUCUGCCUUAGUCAGUGUUGCCCACAUAGCAAUAAAUGCCAAGACACAAGCACUGCAAUCACACAACCAUCUGUGACUCUGGAACAGGAGCACUUUGCUACUGAUGCCACUGAGAAGGGUUCAUGCUCAUUAGGAAAUGCAGUUGUGCGCUACAGUAAGGCCCAGCGGCCAACCUCUCUGCCCAUUCAGCCUUUUGUUCUGAUUCCCUCGGGCAAACCCCAAUCCCAAGCCCAGCAACUGGGCUGUCUGCUGGAGCAGUAUAUAAAUCAAAAGAGCAGCAAAUGUGAAAGCUCACAGCCAGGGUUUAGGUUCAAGGGCAAAAGCAGUCUGUGUGUUUCUAAUCUUCAGCCAUCAUCAAUGGGCAGCCACUGCCCCAUCUUCAUGGAUGCUCCUUCAACCUGUGAUAGCUGCUCCACCUGCACAUCGAGCCCAGAGUGCUUCAGCCACAAACGCACAUGGAGCCAGUCCAGCAGAAGGCACAGACUCUCAAGUCCAUGUACAUCAAAAAACAGCCUGGAUCCAGCUCAUGUCAGCACAAACCCCAGACUGUUUCAGGUGCAAGAUAAAACAAGCACUCAGACAAAUGUAUUUUUAAAUCUGAUUGCAUCCCCAAAUCAGUCCAAUCUUGUUAAAAUGCCCACCUACCAAGACCUUAAUAACCUCACCCCUGAGCAGAGCCAUGCCAAAACCGAACCCCGAAGUCCCCGUCAGCCCCAGACCCACACCUCCUACCAUUCAGUAUUCUCUCAUACACCACCUACUUUACCUGCUACAACUGACACCCAUUACCCAAACUUGCAGGUCUACUUAUCUCCUCACACAUCCUCACAACCAGAAAAUACGUUCCCUGCACCUGCAGCUGACUCUGGCUUUUUUACAGCUGCCCUUUCUUCAGUAGCUUCUCUCUCCUCUUUGAGUUCUCUCUUCUCUUUGGCUGUUUCUGGGCUGCAUCCACAGAAAAUCCAGGACUCUGCUGGGCUCAGUGAGAACCAGAGUCAACAUAGUGAAUCUCUGAUCCUGAGUGACAGGCCACCGACAGAGUUCUGCCUCUCACCUGAUGCCUCUUAUGAGUCUAUGUCUAUCAGCCAUCUUCAGAGAAGAGGGUUGCUCCGGUCUGUGAGCAGGGCAGUGGAGUUGAUCAUGGCUCAUUUUGGCAGCAGCAGAGACCCUGAAGAAAAGAUGCGUCUGGGAAACAGUUCGCAAAGUCCUACAAUCGCCGGCCUGGUCCUGGAACAUUUGUGCCCAUCUAUCCAGAAUAUUUUAGAGGAUGGGCUCAAGGAUCACAAACUGGACUUCAUCAUUGGGCAGCGCCGCAACCACUCCUGGAGUGUGGUGGAAGUCUCUACUAGAAUUGGUCCAUCCACUAGGGUCAUCCACAGCCUGGUUUUGAAAAUUAGACAGUGUCCACAGCUCACAAGCCACUGCAUGAGACUAAGAGCCUUCAUCAUGGGUCUGCUUAACUUGAGAGCUUUGGAGUUCUGGCUUAGUCAUCUUCAGAGUCAAAAAGAUGUGGUGACAACAUACUACCAUUCCUGGGGCUUCCUCUCCAUGUCACUGGGUCGGUGUCAGACCUUAUUUCAGGAGCUGUUGCUCAUGCUGCAGCCACUCUCUGUGUUGCCCUUUGACCUCAACUUGCUCCUGGAGCCCAGACUGCUAUGUAACAGGCAGCUGUGUCCUGAGGAACAGGGGGUCUUUCCACCACCACCAUGCUCAGCCCUCCUAGUGACCAGCUGGCCACUAUUGCAAGCUGACAGAAAGGUAGACAGCAGCCAGAGUAGUCAUCAAACUAAGAUUUCGCACCCGAUAGGCCUGUAUCACCAAGAGUCACUCAGUCCUCUGAAUUCCAAUUGUAUCAAGCAGCAAUAUGGGGGCAUGCAGACCAGCAGGAGUCCACUGUUAGUUCCUAUUUCAGAGUGGUGGCCAAAAGAACCUGGCUUUAUGGAAGGUGUGGUAGAAGGGGAGGACUGUAAGCAGAAUCAUUCAGAUACAUGGUCUCAAGUAAUUAUGGACAACAGGAAAGGAGAGAAAGGGACCCAGAAUGUACCAACUUGUGUCCAGGAGAAGAGCCGUUGUCAGGGUGGGUUGCACUGGGCCAAACUGUUUGGAGCAGCCACUAGAGUUUCUCAGAGUCACAUUGGAGCACAAACCAGAAGGCACCCAUCUCAGUGGUUUCAUUUGGACAGAUCGCAGCUUGGACUGUUGGCUCAAUCCAUCAGAUCAAUGAAGCUAGUAGGAACUCAGAUUGACAGAAACAAAAAUUGACAAAAAUUGCUGAAAACUACAUCCUCUAUGGGUGGAUGACACAGUGGAGACUGUUUAUGGUAAUAACAAUAAGUCUUACCUGCAUGACAGUAGAUUCUCAAUCACACUGCUGAACUAGUCAGAAAGCACAUAAAACACUAAAUGAACAGCUUUGGCAGUGACCCCUAUUCAUCAUGCUUUGUGUUGCACGAGCUAUUUAUAAAUUCAUUGCAAAUGCUGAGUAUCCAGGUUGCACCAUUAAAACCUAUGAAAUGGCUUAAGUUAAAAAUGUUCUAAUGUUUAUGGAAACAUCUGUAGCGCUGGCAAAUCAAAAGCACUCAGCUUUGUAAACAGGAAGUUAGCGUAGCAUCACAAGCUGUCAUAUAACUGCCAACAACUACUGGUUUAGUGGGAAAUCUAUAUAAUAGGUUUCAUGACUAAGCUUAUACUGUAUAGGUGUUAUUUUGUUUUAUCUUAAUUAUGUUUUUGGAGAACUGUGUUUUCCAGAGUUAUUAGUAUUCUUGCAGUUAACAGUGAGUGGAAAAUGUCUGAUCAUACCAAUAAAACAGGAUUUGUAUCAUACUGUGUAACAUAACUUUUAAAUUUGGCGUAAUUAGGUUAUUUUGUGUGUAUAUAUUUUUUUGUGCCUACCUUCUUUUAGGCUAUGUUAUGACUGGGCUGCUUAGUUUAAAAUUUCAUAUAGUUAGUGCAGCUAGCUAGCUCCUGGUCUUAAAAUGUCCCUUGGUUGUUGUUUCAUCAGUGUAUAUUUGUAAUUUGUGCUUUUAUUAGUUGUGAGCUCAAAUGUCAUGAAUACAAUUAGAAAAGACUGGAAUAUUUCCACAACAGAUUCUAAGCUUAACGUAUUGAAUGGGGUCAAUGCCCCUUUUUCAGUUGUACUCUGGAAUAACAUGUAGGCAUCUGUUACAGUACCUGUUCCUCUCCUUUGCACUUCCUGUAGGCAAAUACCAAUCAUAAAAUGUGAAUAUUGAUCUGUUGUAGACUGUUGGACAUUCUUGUGGUGCAAAAUUAUCCAUUUCAUAUAUGUCACUGUCAGUCUUUCCAUAGCUCUACCUUUCAUCUUAUUGAUAGGUAAAAAAACAAAAAACAAUAGUACCAAAUAUGCCACACAGCAGCCUUCUGUAGUGCAUCAUCAGUGAUGUUUUUAUUUCCAGUAACUUGGUUUUUGGCAAAUUUCCAGCAUGGAUUUACUGUAGGUGCAUGAGGUAACAAACAAACAGUAAUGUAGGUGCUCCAGUCCUUACUCUUUACCUCCUGAUAAUGUUUUUACAGCUGUAGAGUUAGGCUUAGGAAACUUUGUGAAGCUUUAUUUUAAAUGUGUGAACUUGUUUGGUAUACAGUAGUAUGUCUUCCAGUGAAGUUGCACAAAUGUUAAGCCAUCUUGUGGCUGUUUCAGGUAUUUAAAUGUGUCAGGUAUAUUUUGAUAGACCAGUACUUAGAUAAGAAGAAGAAAAUAAAAAAUGGCCAUUCCUCAUUUGUUGAAUAGAGAAUUUUUAAUGUACUACAAUAAUAUAAAUUUGUGAAACUAUUCCUCCCAGCAUCAUUUUCUCAAACCGUGAAUGCUAACUCCAAGUGACAAUCAAACUGUCAAUAAAGACUUACUGUAAGCUCUUUGGCUGCCUUCUGUUUCUAUGCCCACAGUGUCCAAAUGUUUCUUCCAUGUGCCAAAUAUUUUUUUUCAAUCCAGCACAAAUUGUUUUCAUGAAAAUGUGAGAACUUCCCAGUAAGGUAUUAGAUGUAA